GAUGGGAAAAAAUGGAGCCUCUCUCCACAUUUUCUUCUCUCUUUUUCGCUCCCUGCUUACUUCUAUAUCGUCUGACCUGACAUUCUCUGUCAAGAGAAUCGUCGUUUAAUUUCUUCCACAAGGGAAGCUCUUCUUGAGCUUCUUCAUCCGUAGUACAAAAAUAAGCCUUUUUUACCUUGGCUGAAAUUCUGUCUCUCUCUGCUGCCAUGGCUGUGGCAGAGUUCAAACCCUCUAACAGAAUAACCCAUCUUCACUCUUCUUCCCAGCUCUCAAUUCUAUCGAAACGUCUCAGUCUCACCAAGCCGUACCACUGUACUUUUCGGACUCCUAAUAGAACCCAAAAUGCUAGGAUAUCGUGCUCUAUUGCACCUAAUGAAGUUCAAGCGCCAGCAGUGCAAACCCAGGACCCCAAGAGUAAACCUGAUUGCUAUGGUGUUUUCUGCCUUACCUAUGAUUUGAAGGCUGAAGCAGAGACAAGAUCCUGGAAGAAAUUAAUUAACAUUGCAGUCUCAGGUGCUGCUGGAAUGAUUGCUAAUCAUCUUCUUUUCAAGCUUGCAUCUGGUGAGGUAUUUGGUCCUGACCAACCUGUUGCUCUGAAAUUAUUGGGAUCUGAAAGAUCAUUCCAAGCUCUUGAAGGAGUUGCGAUGGAAUUGGAGGACUCUUUGUUUCCUUUAUUGAGGGAGGUAAGCAUUGGGAUUGAUCCGUAUGAGGUGUUUCAAGAAGCAGAUUGGGCUCUGUUAAUUGGUGCAAAGCCUCGAGGUCCUGGAAUGGAGCGAGCAGACUUAUUAGACAUAAAUGGACAGAUCUUUGCUGAACAGGGAAAGGCACUGAAUGCUGUGGCCUCACGCAAUGUCAAAGUUAUAGUUGUGGGCAACCCUUGCAACACAAAUGCAUUGAUAUGCUUAAAAAAUGCUCCAAAUAUUCCUGCUAAGAAUUUUCAUGCUCUCACCCGCUUAGAUGAGAAUAGAGCUAAAUGUCAGCUUGCUCUCAAAGCUGGUGUCUUCUAUGAUAAAGUUUCAAAUAUGACCAUAUGGGGCAACCACUCAACUACUCAGGUCCCUGACUUCUUAAAUGCCAGAAUUGAUGCUUUGCCUGUUAAAGAAGUGAUUAUGGACCAUAAAUGGUUAGAGAAUGAGUUCACUGAAAUGGUUCAAAAGAGAGGUGGCGUGCUUAUUCAAAAGUGGGGAAGAUCAUCAGCUGCAUCAACUGCCGUGUCAAUUGUUGAUGCCAUACGGUCUUUAAUGACUCCUACUCCGGAGGGUGAUUGGUUUUCAUCUGGCGUGUAUACCAAUGGAAAUCCCUAUGGUGUAGCCGAAGAUAUUGUUUUCAGUAUGCCAUGCCGAUCAAAAGGAAAUGGUGAUUAUGAGCUUGUCAAGGAUGUCAUAUUUGAUGACUAUCUUCGGCAACGAAUAGCCAAGACGGAAGCUGAGUUGCUGGCUGAAAAGAGAUGUGUGGCUCACCUAACGGGCGAGGGAAUUGCUGUGUGCGAUCUACCUGGCGGUGAUACCAUGCUCCCGGGCGAAAUGUAACGGAUUAGUAAUUAGGACUUGUAAAGUCAUAACAGACAUUGAGAACAGGUUCCCACAAAGUGAUGCAGAAUAAGCGUGGAGUAUCUAUAUGGAAAGUAUAGGUUUAUCAAUAAUGGGUAUGACUUAACUCAUUUUGACGACAUUAUGGAAACUUUGUGCUUUAUUUGAAAUCUAUCCCAAAUGCCUCGGAGGUGGAGGAGGUUGGAGCUCUUGGUAACAAUGAUUGCUUAUUCAUGUUUCUCAACUCUAAUCUUGUUUCACAUUCAAUUCUAGUCUUUUGUUUAUAGCU